AGCGCCUGACUGACUUUGAUUUAGCGCGGAAAUCUGUCAAAUUUAAAGAUAUAAAGUUAUAACUUUUCCUCUAGUUUUUGAGUUAUUAAAGAGUGACAACCAUUUUAGGUGAAAGAAGAUAUUUGUCAAGAUAAAAAAAAUCCUCAAAUGGCAGAUGUUGUGGAUCUUAAAAGAGCCUUGAAACAGUGGGAGACGGAGUUUUGGAAAGAGAAUGGCCGAAAACCAAAUAAGGUUGACAUUGACUCUGCACCAGAUAGAAUUAAAGAAACAUAUGUUAAGUACACAAAACUGAAAAAAACAGCACCAACACCAAGAAAGGAUAACAUAAGUGCUGAUAGUACAACACACACAAUAUCAAAUACAAACAAUGAAACUACAUUCCAAAAUGCUAUAAAUAAACAUGAAAGGGAGAUAACAAAUGAAAAUUUAACUCAAAAUGAAGGGGAGAUAAUAGAUAAAAGUUCAAAGGGUGAAUAUACAGAUGAAAAUGUGGAUGACGAACCUGAUAAUGAAAAUGCUGACAAUUUUGAAGUGUGGGGAAGUCAAUUUGAUAGGAAGGUGUCAACAACAGACAAGAGUUUGUCAGGGAAUAGUUGUCAGCCUGAAAAGAAUAAACCACCGUCUUUCUUGAAACAAUUAGGAAAUAAGAUGUAUCAGCAGUCAUUGAAAUUGAACAAAGCCCAGAUGAUGAAACAACAAACAAGACUAUGGAAAAAACCUGACACACCGAGACCUGUAAAACCUUAUAAACCAGAUGCUGGUGAACCCAAUGACAGGUUAAAUGAUAUGCCAGAAACUGCAGAUGGUCCUGAUGAUGUCGAUGGUUGUCCAAAUCCUGUAGAAGUUCCAAAACAUGCAAAUUUUGGAAAAGUUUUUGAAAAGGCAUUUUCUAUUACUAAGUAUAAGGGUAAAGUGCAAGAUUCAGAAGAACCAGGUUCAGACGUGUUUAUGAAUAAGUUCCAAACUAAAGCCAAACCAAAACAGACAUUCCUACCUGGUAAAUUGUCAAGCUUGAUCAGUAAGCGUAGAGAGGAGAUGAUGAUUGAGGAAGAGCAGCUUGAUCAUGACGAAUUUAAAUUUGACAAUGAAACUGAUCAUCGUGAUGAGGAGGAUGAUGAUGAUGAUAAAGGUGGAGAGACAGGCGGACACUCUUGGAAUAUGCCAGUCUCUAAACUCAUAAGAGAUGAUGAGAAUGAGGCUGUGAAAAGAUCUAAAAGAAGUAUGAAGAAAAAAGAAAAUCAGAGUGAAAAAAGAAAAGCAGCAAAGAAAGAAUCUGAAAUUAAAAAUUUUAAUGACAGUGAAUAUCAAGAAAUGAAAUUGAAAUCUGAAGAUAAAAUAAGCAUUGACAAGGAAAGGUCUGAAAGUCCUGCAGACUUAAAAAAAGCAGAGCCACAAAAAGUUAAUAUUGUUUCUGGUGAAGAUGGUGAUAGCAUUGGGAAUGAUAUUAAUAAAUUUGAUUAUAAUGAUGGUUCGGACAGUGAUAGCCCUAAACCUAGAUCAAAGAGGAAAGCAGUGGCCAAGUCCGCUAAAGCUAAAACUGUUGCAAAGUCAAGUAAAUCUACUAAAAGGAGAGUCAUAGAGUCUGAUGAAGAGUUUGAGAAACCUGAUAAAAAUUCUGGUGAAAGUGAUGGUGAAGAAAUUGCAGUAAAAAAAAGAAAGAAAACAUCAAAGGCACAGCCAGCAGCAAAGAAAAGAAAGACAAAUGAAGGAACUGUUGCUGUAGAAGAUGACGGCCAGGUGGCAACAACAUCAGUUGUAAAGAAACCUCCAAGAGCCAAAAAAAUUUCUAAUGACAAUUUUAUCAGACUGAACAUGAAAAUAAAGACUUACAAAAAGAAGGGACGUCAGUUGACCGGCCCGCAGUACAAACGUAAGAUGUGGAAGGAGAAGAUGCAGGCACGUAGUAAAAGCUACGGGGACGCAUGUUUCAAAUGUGGCCAGUCAGGGCAUUGGGCAAACAAAUGUACAGGAAUACAGUCUAAAAGUCAUUAUGAUAAGGAACCAGUCCAGGAUGAAGAUUUUCCCAGCAUGCAAGAGGCAGCCAUGAUGGCAAAAGGUUGUCCAAUACAAAGGCCUGCAAAAUCAGAAACAAAAACAAGUGUGAUGCAAGAACAGACUGCAACAGAAGGUGGGACAGUAUCAUCACCACCACCAGAUGUCUCUGCUAUGGAGGAAGACAUUGAUCUAGAUAUACAGUCAGGUAUCGUUAGGUCACACAAGGAAACAAUGAUUGCGCCACCGGCAAUGGAACCUCUUAUAGAAUGUGCAGAGGGAGGAGACAUCCCAGAAACACCUGAGUUCGUAAUGAAAGGGUUGAGAAAGUUUGGAUUUGACAGUUUCCGACAAGGUCAGGAGGAGGCUGUCAUGAGAAUCCUUUGUGGUCUAUCUACCCUUGUUGUACUGUCUACAGGUGGGGGAAAGUCGCUUUGUUAUCAGUUACCAGCCUAUUUAUAUUCACAGAGGUCGACAUGUAUAACCCUGGUUAUAUCACCACUUGUCUCUCUCAUGGAAGAUCAGGUAACUGGUUUACCAAAUGGUAUCCGAGGUGUAUGUCUGCAUACCAAUAUGACAGCUCAACAACGUGAGAAUGUCCUAGAAUCUGUUAAGUUAGGCAAGGCACAGUUCUUGUUGGUCUCUCCGGAAGCAAUUGCUGGUGGUAGUAUGUCUCUAAUUGCCUCAAUGGCCUCACUUCCUCCUGUAGCCUUUGUGUGUAUUGACGAGGCCCACUGUCUCUCUGAGUGGUCUCACAACUUCAGACCUUCCUACCUAAGACUAUGCAAAGUUUUGCAGGAAAAGCUUGGUGUACAAAAUUUUCUUGGAUUGACAGCAACAGCUACUCUGUCGACAGCUUCGGACGUUGCCCGUCAUUUAAAGAUCUCAGACUUCAGGAAAGCCACUGUCAGAGGUUCACCAAUUCCUAAAAACCUGAUUCUAUCUGUCUCUAGAGAUGAGGAUAGGGAACAUGCUUUGAUUGGUUUGCUGAAGGGUGAAAGAUUUGGAAAGCUGGAUUCAAUCAUUAUUUACUGUACUCGACGUGACCAGACGGACAAAGUUGCCACAAUCAUAAGAACAUGUAUGAAUACUGGUGCUCCAACUGAGGUAGUCACCAAAGGACGUUCAAAACGCCCCAAAUUAGAAUGGGAUGCCGAGAGUUACCAUGCGGGUCUUACCCCAGCACAGAGGAAGCGGGUUCAAAAUAAUUUCAUGUCAGGAAAAUUACGUGUUGUUGUAGCUACAGUGGCAUUUGGAAUGGGACUUGAUAAAUCUGAUGUCAGAGGUGUUAUUCAUUACAAUAUGCCCAAAAGUUUUGAGAGUUAUGUUCAGGAAAUAGGACGUGCAGGAAGAGAUGGGGAGCGAGCUGAUUGCCAUGUGUUUCUCGACCCAGAGGGAAAAGAUCUAUGUGAGCUUAGACGACAUACAUAUGCAAACACUGUAGAUUACAGAACUCUAAAGAAGCUUGUGCAGAAAGUGUUUCCUUCAUGUCGCUGUAGAGAUGUGCAUGAACGACAUGCUCAAGCAAAAUUUGAGGCGGAGAUGUUUGAUGAUGAUUUUGAUAUGGAAGAGCAGACUUCUGAAGCUGAUAAAGAAGGCAAUGACUUAAAUGUUAAAGAUGAAGAGUCUUGUGAUCCCAGUCCACAAACAAAUGAUGUACUACCAAAACGAAGGUUGUGUCCGGGUCAUGAGCGAGCCUUGCCUAUACAGCAAACAGUCAUGGAUCUUGAUGUAAAAGAAGAAGGCAUUUCAACAUUAUUGUGUUACCUUGAACUUCAUGAUAGUCAGUGGUUAGAAAACAUGUCCAACGUGUAUGCAACAUGUAAAGUCCAAUGCUACGGUGGUCCAAACCAACUUCAGGCUGUUGCUAAGAAGUGUCCACCAGUGGCUGUUGCAAUAGCUUCUGCUCGCAGAGAUGGCAAAAGUUUCACAAAUACCAACAGUAUUGAAUUUAAUGUUGUUGAUGUUAGUGAUACUAUGGGCUGGGACAGUGGACCAGUGAAAAAGGAAAUAAAACUCUUACAAUGGAAUUUUGAUUUAGGUGGUCCAAAGAGAACAGGUGUGAUGAUAGAAUUUUCUGAUCUUGCUUACCAUUUUAGAACACCGGGAGAUUUCACUACUGAAGAAUUAGACAGCAUUUUACAAUUUAUGCAUGAACGUGUACAACGACAAGAGAAAACUGAAAUACGCAAUUUAUCAAAUUUAUACCAAGCAUUGAAAAGCGUGUCUCAUAGAAACAACUAUAUGUGUUCAGACGAGGCUGAUCUGAGUAAGAAUGAUAAACUUAAGGUGAUCUUAAACAAAUAUUUUGAUCAGCAACUUGUCAACAAAGAAGAAGAGGAUCUUGAUGAUAUCCAGGAGGAACCAAUUCCUGAAUUUUCCCGUGGUCAGUUGAUAAGUGACAUCCGAGGGUUUUACAAUUUGUACGGACAAGAACAUGCCCUCAACGGUCGGGCAAUUGCAAGAAUCUUCCACGGAAUAAGUAGUCCAUGUUUUCCAGCGACGACUUGGGGCCGUGUUAGACGGUUCUGGAGAAGCCACCUUGAUGUAGACUUUAAUGUUCUUAUGAAAAUGGCAACUAAAGAACUAAUUUCAUUCCGAUGAUA